GGAAAUUUAUCUUUUAAAUUUAGUUAUAUUGUAGUUUAUUAAAGAAUAAUAUGAGAUUUUUUGUUCUGGAAAGAAACGUGCAAGCAUAUAUCGGAUACAUUUCUAACAACAUCAGCUAAAAACAUUUCAGAAUGUAAAUUUCACUCGGAUAACUGACAACAAAAAAGGAUGGUUGAAAUUUCAAUGUCGAUACUCAUAUAUAUAUAUAUAUUUUCGAUACUCAUAUAUUAUGUAUUGAAAAGGUACGAUUUUCACUUUUAAGGAGAGGGGCUCAGAGAGAAACACAAACACGUGAGUCAUCAUCAAGACAGUGGUCGGGAGUCACUUUCGUGUAACACAGACAUUAAAUCAAAUAAACAAAACGAGAGUUCCCUUACCUUAGUGUACUUAUAUUACAAACACUCGUAUAUACAUAUGCCACGUGAGAAUACGUAUACUCAUGACGUGUCCACGUAUAUAUAUAUACACACGCACACUUCAAUUCUUCAUUCACUAAACCGGAUUCUAAACUCUCAAAGAAACACCAUGGAAGAAGAGCAACCUCCGGCCAAGAAACGAAACAUGGGAAGAUCUAGAAAAGGUUGCAUGAAAGGUAAAGGCGGCCCAGAGAACGCCACGUGUACUUUCCGUGGAGUCAGGCAACGGACUUGGGGUAAAUGGGUGGCUGAGAUCCGUGAGCCUAACCGUGGGACUCGUCUCUGGCUCGGCACGUUUAAUACCUCAGUCGAAGCCGCCAUGGCUUACGAUGAAGCCGCUAAGAAACUCUAUGGACACGAGGCUAAACUCAACUUGGUGCACCCACAAUCACUACGACAACAACAACAACAAGUAGUAGUGAACAGAAACUUGUCUUUUUCGAGCCACGGGUCAGGUUCUUGGGCUUCUAAGCUUGAUACGGUUCCUGUGUUGGACCUUGGUCUCGGCCCGGCAAGUGGUUCACGAGGUUCUUGGUCAGGGAGAUCGAAUUUUCUACAAGAAGACGAUGAUCAUAAUUAUAAUCGAAGACCGUCUUCAAGUGGUUCGAAUCUUUGUUGGUUAUUACCUAAACAAAGUGAUUCACAAGAUCAAGAGACCGUUAAUGCUGCGAGUGGUUGUGGCGUUGAAGGCGGUGGUGGCUCUACGUUAACGUUUUCGACCAAGUUGAAACCGAAGAACUUGGUGGUGAGUCCGAAUAAUGGAUUAUAUAGUGGAGCUUGGUCUAGGUUUCUUGUGGGGCAAGAAAAGAAGACGGAACAUGACGUGUCAUCGUCGUGUGGCUCAUCUGAUAAUAAGGAGAGUAUGGCGGUUCCUAGUGGCGGUGGAGAGAGAAUGCAUAGGCCGGAGGUGGAAGAGCGUACAGGGUAUUUGGAAAUGGAUGAUCUUUUGGAGAUUGAUGAUUUGGGUUUGUUGAUUGGCAAAAAUGGAGAUUUCAAGAAUUGGUGUUGUGAAGAGUUUCAACAUCCAUGGAAUUGGUUCUGAGAGUUUUUAUUUAUUAGUAUUAUUUAUCAUAAAUAUCUCUUAUAUUAUUUGAUUUAGGAUUGUUAAUUUGCUAUACAUCAAUCGUGGGAUUUUUUUUCUCCUUGCAUGUAGUCCUUAUGUGUGUAAUUAGGUUUGAGUAUGUUGUGAAU